UUACCUGUGGCUUCCUCUCCAGGUGCAGUUGCAUGAGGGUGGAAAAAUACAGCUUUCUCAAUAUGGUUAAACCAGAAAGCAAAACGCAUUUGUCAUCCAACAGCAGCAUAUGAGGGUUUAUUACAAGCUGUGAUUUUGAUUAGCAAGCCCAGCUAAUCAUUAAAGCUUUCUGUUAACUAAGUUAGCAAGGCUUAGCUUUUUUUUUCUUUCCUGCCACACAGGGCAAAGUGUAUAUCUGUUAUAUUUACUGCCAGGCAACAGAUUUAGAGAAGAGGAGUGGCAAGUGGUAUAUAGAAACCAUUCUUCCCCCUCCAGUGUGGUGAAGUGGCCUAGUAUGCAGUUCUGCCUUGCACUAUGUUGAAAGAGUCUAUUUUAAAACUGCAGUUUGAAUUGGUUUAUAUUGUUGUGUUUGGCAUCCAGGGUUUGGCCAUGAAGAGUAAGAGUAAGGAUGAGACCAGCGAUACAGACAGCGGCAUCAUAAUUCAGUCUGGACCAGAUAGCCCCAUGGCUGCAAUGAAGGACUUGACACAAGCCAUGAGGAAGCAGCAGAAGGCACUGGAGGAACGUCUGGAAGCCUGUUUGCAAGAACUGCGAAGACUGUGUUUGCGUGAAGCGGAAUUGACAGGAAUGCUUUCUUCAGAGUAUCCUCUGAAACCAGGAGAGAAGCCCCCAAAGGUCCGCCGUCGAAUUGGUGCUGCUUUCAAACUGGAUGACAAGGCUAUUCUUUCAGGAGCAGAUCCGCUGAGCACACUAGAGAGAGACCUGGCUCUGCAGCUGCAGAUUGCUGAAGCUGCUCGGUGUCUUUCCCGGGAAGAGAAUCUCGCCAAGCAGGUUCGAAAGCGCCGGAAAAGUGCUGUUCUGAAGGAGGAAAAGAAACUGAAGGAAUUGGAGCAAGCACUCAGUGAAUAUCGCCUAGCAGUCAAGCAGCCGUGCCAGCUAAAGACCACUGCUCCAGCCUUAGAAGGGUUCAGUGCCUUUGAUGAGCGUUCCUUGUUGGAUGCUUCUCUGGGAGAAGAAGAACCCCCUGUGGUGAAUCCUCACCUUCCAACAAAAAUUACAUCUUGGACACAAAUCCAGUCUCACCACAGUUCUUCAUCUCAUCUUUCCCCCCUUGGCUUUCUAGAAGAUUCAGUUCAUCAUCCAGCUGCUGAAGUGGAGUGCUCACCUAUCCAGAAUAGUCCCUGGAAAGAGACCAGUUUAGAUAAACCCUACGAGAAGCCCAAGAAGAUGUCUGAGUCCAGCAGCAUGCUGAGCACAGCAAGCAUAAUGCCCCCACCGGCACCCAGCCCUUCCAUUAAGAGGACAGUUGAGGCACAUUUGUGCCACUUGGAUCCUCCUAGGACGCUGGAAGGAAGGAAACAGGCUGGUUCCAGUGCCCCUCCAACACCAGAAUUCCCAGGAAGGAGAGGACAGUCUCAGCUGAUAAGGGUGUGUUCAACUCGGGAAGGUUUGGAGUCCCGUGGAAGAAGCGCAUUGCCCAGGCGACGACCCACCCUCUAUACUGUCACCGUCCCCGAGUCCUGCUUCUCUGCAUCCAAGCCCAGUCCUGCUCUGAAAGUCAACUUUCACUCUGCUUCGGAAGACAGCAGUUCAGAUGUCUCCAGCAUCUCUUAUACAACAUCUGCUGGCAGCAGCAGCCCUGACAUUUCCUUUCUGAAGCUGACACCGGCAUCUGUAGCAACCAAGGAGGAGCCCAUGCAGCCAUUCCGUAGCCAGGCCUGCAAGGGACGAGAAGCAGAAUGCCACCGUCUGUGUCCUCAGAAGCUGCUUUCUGUGCCAGGUUUUUUUCCUGCCACAGAAUAUGUGCCAAGUGCCCACAUGACUGCUGGGAGAGAGCUCUGCCAUGGUCGGCCGUCUUUCAUCUCUGGCAGCUCAGCCCACUUUGCCUACCAGGAAAAAGCGGUGCCUGUUAGAUUCCACAGGUCAGUUGUACCCAACAAUAGGGUAGUUCGUACACCAUCCCUGAAGGACUGUCUCCCAGGGGGUCCUCGAGUUCUCUCCAAGGCAGCAGUGACAGAAGAGUUAAAAUCCUGGCAUGAACGGACCCGGCUGCGCAAUGCACGUCCCCAUUCGCUGGAUAGGCAAGGAGCUUUUCGUGUGCGCAGUGUGCCAGGCAGAGAACUGCAUUCUCCGUGUUCUUUAGGGCAACAAAUUCAGGUACCUCGUGUCCAUAUCCUCAAACGCUCUCCCGAAGGAGCCCCCGUGCAGGUCUACGUUCCGGAAAAUGGAGAAAUCAUUACUCAGGUUUAGAGGUUGCUAAAUCUACCAUCUCACAGACUCUGGCAGCAUCAGCAGGCUGACUGCCUCCUAGGCCCUUGACUCUGGGAGGGGAAAAGGAGGCCUUAAAUCAAGUCUUGACAUGUUCUUGCAUCUGCUGCUCCUGCUGUUUGGAAGAGAACCUUUGGGGCUAAUUCUGCAAGCUAUGCGAGGACAUGUUCCUAUGAUGAAUUGAUACAAUGUACUGGUGACAAAAGAAUUUGUGUUCCUUGUGUUUUGUGAAAUAUAGAUCACAGUAACUA